AUGGGGAUAAGCAAACAUGUUAAUCAGGUCAUCGAAAAACAUCGUUAUGAGAUUAUUAACGACAUUCCUGUAGAGGAUAUCUUAUUCGAUCUUAGAGCUAAACAAAUCCUAUCAGAUGAAGAGGUUGACAUUCUAAGAGACUGCCGGUCCAAUAAAGAAAAAGCAAAUAAGCUUAUUAUAAUACUCAAACGUCGAGGAGAUGAGGACUUUAAUCAAUUUUGCUACAUUUUGCAAAACCAUGGAGCUGAGUACAUACAAAAUAUUGGCUUACAGCUGAAGAAAGAAGCUGAGGAAGAUCCUGAUGUAUUAGUAAUGCCGACAGUAGACCUUCGUGAUGUUCCUCCAACUCCGACAAGUCAUUAUAUAGUACGUACGGAUUUUAUAGCUGUAAUAUCAAGUAAAUUGAAGGAAAUUGACGAAACUGGCGGACGUAUUCUGGUUCACGGUAUGGCUGGAAGCGGCAAAACAAUUGCUGUGAGUCAAGCUAUCAGACAUACUGCGGAAGUUGAUCGAUGCUUUGAAACUGGCGGUGUUUACUGGGUUAAAAUAGGUGAUAUCAGUGAAGAUAAAUUAUUCAGCAAGCUGAAAGGUCUUUGCAUUAAGCUUGGCAUUGAAUGGAAACAAGUACCUCAGGAUUUAGAGGAAAUUGAGUCUUAUCUCUCUCUCUAUCUAGAAAAUAAUUAUGAAACGUCGAUGGCUUUGUUCGUUUUUGACGAUGUUUGGAGAGAAUCUUACUACCCAUAUCUAAAGUUUGCAAAAAAGUCAAUUAUCACCUCACGAUUUAUCUAUCCUGAUAAUGAGCUCGAUCACUAUUGUAUCCCGGCGUCUGACCGAUUUACAGAUGAUGAGGCAGUGCAACUAUUAGCAAAGUACCGUCGUGCUGAAGAUGUAAAGAAUUUGCAGGAGAACCCUUAUGUUAUACGAGCUAUUAAAAGCUGUGGUGGACUACCAUUAGCGAUCGCAUUAAUUGGUGGUUUACGUUUAAAUUCUGAUAAGCAAUGGAUAGAUGCCGUUGCGGUUAUCGAAAGGAAAGGAAAUCGAAAUAGAUUAGCUAACUAUGAAUUCAAUUUAUAUGGUACUUUUAGUUUGAGUAUUCAACAGCUAGACGAUGAAGCACGACGGCUGUUUUUACUCCUUGGUGUUUUCAAAAAAGUUGCCAUUCCGACUAACUCAAUAAUGGCUUUAUGGAGAUGUGAUCGAAUCACAGCAGAAUCUUUGCUGGAAGAAUUGAGUAGCAAGUCAUUGUUGAAACUUAUUGAGAGUGAUAGUAGUGAUCCAACCAAUAGACUUUACUGUGUUUUACACGAUCUCAUGGUUGAUUAUCUGCGAAUAUCACCAUCACCACAGGAAAGCAAUCAAAGUUACUGGCGUCAUUUAAAUCACUCCCUUAUUCAAGGCUAUGCUCUGCAAUGCAAAAGAGACUGGCAUUUAUAUCUUGAUGAUGGCUAUUACUUCCAGCAUCUUGUGCAUCACGCAAUUCAAGCAGCAGAUGAUCAAUUUCUUCGUGAAAUAAUGUCAAAUUAUCGUUGGAUGAUAGAAAAGCUCAAAAUUGUCGAGUUAUUUAAUUUGCGUGAAGAUUUGCAAGAUUACAUUAGCUACUUAAAAAUAAAUCGACAGGAUGCUACAAAAUCUGAAGAACUUUUGCGGCUAUUACAUCGUUACGAGUCUUACUUAGAUACUGAUAAUGGAGAUUUUAUACAGUUUCUGUUGUACUGCGCUAAAAAAGACAGCAGUAUUCUCAAGGAAGCCAGAAAGCUGGCAUGUGAUCAGAUAAAAUGCAAUAGAAGUCGCCGCUGGAUGAUUACUGGGUAUCCUGAUGACGACACAGAUCAGAGCCUGUGGAAAGCGUCUAAAAUAAUGGGUAAAAGCUGGGAAGAUGUUGUUCCAAGCUGUUCAAAUCCAGCAUAUGGAAAUCUAAAAUUUUCAUAUACCAAAAAUAAUGGCAAGAGUGAUUGUACAAUUAUGGUUAAAGAUUAUGAAACAUUUAAAACCGCAUGCAGUUUGUCAAUUGGAGAGGCAUAUAUUCAUGAAGUUAGAAUAUCGGCCGAUGGAAGGCUAAUUGCCUACGCUACAGUGAGGGCAUGCUCAUAUAUAUUAGUAGAGAAGAAGCAGAAUAAGAAAUGGGAAAUUUACAAUAUGGACAUUCAUGAACGUGUACCUUUUAUAAAUUGUGCUGGAGUGAAGACGCCUACACUUGAAUGCCGAUGGUUACAAUUUUGUCCAGUUAUAAGUCAAAACCCUGUUCUUUUAACGAUUGCAGUGAAUAAAAAAGAUAUUCAACUGUGGAAUAUUAAGGAAUACGGUAUAGAAGAAACUGAGAAGUUAAAUUCAUGUUGGAAUUGUUUGGAAGGAUUUGAAUUUACUUCCAAUGGUGAAAGUCUUUCUUUCUGGUGGAGUUCAAAUAAAAGACUACAGUCUACUAAAAGCUGGAUUAAUGAGUGUCAAAUGGAGAUAUGGAAUGUUGAGAAAUUGUAUUGCGAAAAAACAUUCCUUCUACCAGAAUUUAUUGACCAUGUUGAUGACCGGUACACCGUGGCUACUGCAUCGAACUAUGAUUACCAAUUGAAAAGGAUCAAAUAUAGUAAUCAGACACAAUCUGCCUGUUUUGUCAUUUAUGGGAAAGUUUUAGGUUUAUUAACUCAAGAAGGGAGAGAUAGCAAAACUUGUAGUUUUCUUGAAGGAUUCACAGAUUUCUUCUACCCCAUUUACAUUAGUGAUAAGCCAAUUUCUAAUGUGAUCGUUUCUGAUGAUCAGCAGUUAUUAGUUAUUCCGAAAUCUCAUGAAAAUGACCUCACGCUCAUUAAAUUCGUUAAUGGACAUGCCAAGUCUUACAUCAACCUCCGUUGCAGCUACUCUUCUCAUAAUCUUAGAUUUAUGCCUGGCAGUUACCAUUUAUUUGAUUAUAACAAACACGGAACUCAAUGCUUAUAUCAAUACAGCCUAGAUGUCUAUCUGAAAUUGGAUCAUAAAUUUGAGAAUUAUCCGACUUUUCCUCUUUGGAUUGUUGUAGUUGAGAGUACAAUAUGGCGAAACAUUCAAGCCCGCCCUUUAACCGAUAAUGUUGUCAAUGCCGAUAAAGAUAGCCAAGAAAUCAUCAUUGAUUCCAGUGCUUCCUUUAUUAAUUCAAUUCCAGUAGUUGCUCAGUUAACCGAAAAUAGAACUAAGGGAAUUAAAAAGCUGAAGAUAUACAGGAACGAAUCGCUUGAUCUAUCGAUUGACUACAAGUUAGACCAAGAGUAUCAAAAUUGUUAUUUAUACAGUGAAACUGAUUCCGUUAUUUUAACGCGGUGUACAAAUAAACAUCCGCCUAAUCGCAUAUUUGGGAUUGUGCAGUUUAAUAGUGUGUUAGGAUCAAUUAGCCAAAAAGGACAAUUCAAGUACACAUUGUGGGAAGAAAGUCCAGCUGAUAUUGUUACUUGGAAGUCUAGAUACAGGAAAGAAGACAACGUCUACAUGUUCAUAUUUUAUAUCAAGAAAGGGGAAAAUCGUGAUCGCUGGCUUAUAAUGAUGGUAAAGAAUAGCCAAGAGCAUAAGAUAGCCGAUAUAGGUGAUGAUAUGUAUCUCUAUCAGUCCAUUAAAAUCAUCUAUUGCGAUGAGUACUAUUUGAUUACGCGCCAGAAAAUAAAAGAAAGCGCCGAUUGUGUAGUUAAGUGGUACAAACUGGAAGAUACUGUCAACAACUGCGUAUUACUUAAAUCGCAUAUUUACAAGGAGGAUGACGGAAUUGUAUGCAAAAUCAUCUUACCAACUCAGAAAAGCAGCAGCAAGAAUCUAAAUGUGUCGCUAUCAUCUCGAAGUCUGGAUAUGAUGAAAAAGCAAUGGGGUGAAAAAAUUGCCAACAUAUUUGUAGCAUAUUGUAAUGAAGAAGCAAAUAAAGAAUGCUUUCUAUUUGAAAGAAAUGAGGAAACAACGGUAUUUAGCCACACCGGCCAAUUAUUGGGUAAAAGCCAUGGCGACAUUAUAAAACAGUUCUAUUUGGAUGCUAAAAUCUAUAGGGUGGAAAGUUUGUUCACGAAGAAAUACUUUGCAGUCUUUGAAGAAUUAAGUGGAAAAAUUCAAUUUUAUGAUAAUGUCAGCCUACAAUUGAUUCACACCAUUCAAUCGCCUUAUAUUCAAGCAUGGAACGUAACAGGCAACUUAGAGCAAUCGAUGUUUAUAUGCCAAGGAAGAACUGGAAAAUACAGUAUUAUUAAGCAAAUUAGUGAAACAAUGAAUGGCUAA